CCACUGGUUUCCUCAAUUGAAAGCACUUCGGUGGCAAGGCUCCUGGACUAGAAAAGUUAAAGACUAUCUUUCGUCGAAAAACUUUCUGGCGUGAUAUAUUGACUGUAGGGUGUGUGUGGGUCAUUGUGUGUGUGCACGUCAUCAGUGAGUUUAAAUGUUGAUUUGUGGAAUCCAAAGUGCGCCUUCUCAGCACACGUUUCGCUCAAACUGGCCGACAAAUUACUUAAGUUGUCAAUCACCAUGACUCGGAUACUAUGGGAUGCGAUUUUGCUCAUAAGUGGUUCAUUAUUUACAAUAAGAGCAGGGCAAAGUACCUCGACAACCCUCGGAGGCAACUUUGCCGUCAAAUCUAAGGCUACUCUCAACCCCUCGGGAAGUGGCCACGCAACCGCCUCCACGACUACAAGGUCAAAUUUUUCAUUUGGAAAAAAGCCAAGUCGGUCAGACACAGCAAUCUCCAUCCCUACCAAGCCAGCGUUGGCUGCAUACACCGCAGCCGACAGCUCCGGAGAGUUCGGUGGCGUCAUUACAACAGUCUCGACUCUUGCGGUGACGGCUACCACGAGGACCUCGAACAUCCCUCCGGUGAAAAAGUUUGUGGCAGCGGCUGUUCGCUCUCAUUUCGAUGACUGCCCAGACUCUCAUCGUCACUUCUGUUUUCACGGGACAUGUCGCUUCCUGAUAUUGGAGGAGACACCUGCAUGCAUAUGCCAUCCCGGCUUUGUCGGGAUGAGGUGCGAGCAUGCAGACCUGCUGGCCGUCGUGGCCACCAACCACCGUCCGCAGACCGUUGCCACUGUGCUGGUGUUGUGUGUGAUUGGUUGCGUCCUGAUCAUUGUGGUGUGCACGCUGUUAAAUUGUUGGUGGAGACAGGAAUGCCGUAAGAGGAGACACCCUCAUCACUUCAUCCCAGAAAAGCCCGUUUACUCACAGAAGCACCGAGCACCAUUCUAUCCUCCUGAGAGCGUGGUGUGAGAAGACGACAAUCGCGGUGCUUCCUUCAACUGUCAGGUUUUAAGCUUGCCUCCAAAGAGCAAAGAAGCCGUCCUGAGAUAAAGACUCAAAUGAGGUAAGGUAGGACGUUCCUUCAUGUGGCUUUUCCAUUGACUUUCUACAAUGUGGCAAUCAGCCUCGAUCCUGCCGUGGAAAUAAACACUCUUGGGAGUUAUGAGGGACAAGAGAGGCUGCCACGCUCUGGAUACCGUUUUUUCACUCCAAGUCAUCGAACGAGGACAUGAAUCAUCUCCCGUGUGGAUUCUGGGGGGGGGAAAAAAAGAUGCCUUUGAGGCUACAGGACCAUCCAAAUUCAUUGACUUAAACCUCCCAAUUCCUAUUUAUGUCUUUUUAUUACCUUAAUGCACUUUUCAGAACUCCAAGCACAGAUGAUGCUGACGCUUUAAACUACCGGUAUGUUUUUAGUGUCGUUUAUUAUUAUUUUUAAAGUAUGGAACACAUUUCACGUGACAGAAUGGCGAAUUGAUGGACAGAAUGGAUGAAGACCCCUUGGAUGGCUGUCAGGCAUAGAAUGCAUUUCUUCUGAUGGGAGUUGUGUCGGUUUUAUUUGUGAUUCCGCAGCUGAACUGGAAUGUGUCCUUUCCUCACAAAUUUCACAUUGAAAAGUUAGAGGGGGGAAAAAAAUCCAAAACAUACCACUUGGAAACACACACAAGGUGGUUGGUACCUUUAAUUCAAUGGCACUUUUUCUGCAAGCUUGCGGAUACUUCCUAAAAUUGGCACUUUAUUGUAUUGGUGCACUUAUUUAAACGAAAUCUUGAGUGGUGUGUUUUGGCCUUGUCUCUAAUUUGAUUUUGAAUACAUUUUAAAUAGAGCAACAAAAAAAUCUAACCUCCAAAAUCGGCAAAAGGAUUACAAAAUAAUGAAUGUUAUACUGACAAUGAUGAUGAAAAAAAAAACACUUCAGAUGUGGCAGCUUCUAUCUUGAAAUAAAAGUUUGGGUAGAGAGUGUAAUGGGAUGAUCCAAAUAUUUGUUUACAGCGUGUUUUUGGUAUGCCUCCUAUUGUGUGCAGCAUUGAUGUGUGAAAACAUGCUUAUGUACGCACACACAUAAUGUUGUAGAUUGAUACGCGCUUCCAAUAUAGAAGAGGGUUCAACUGAUGCUUAAAAGUUGUUUUUUCACAUCUGUGGUGUCUCACUUUCAUUUCCUGCAUUUAUUUUCAAAACGAAGAAUUAAAUUGGCAAAUGUC